CACAUUUGCGAGAUCUUUCCCGUCUUUCUCUCUGUCCCAUCUGAUUGGUCCUUCAGUCAUGGCUUCCAAUACAGCCCUCAAAAUCUGCUUCGUUUUCUUCGUUUGCUCGAUCGCAUCAAGACCUGCCUUGGCGCAAUUGUCUAACCAAAAUUACUAUGCUACAAGGUGCCCAAAAGCACUCGAUACCAUCAAAUCCGCCGUGAAAUCAGCAGUCGCCAAGGAGGCUCGCAUGGGAGCAUCUUUACUCCGUCUUCACUUCCACGAUUGCUUCGUCAAUGGAUGUGAUGCAUCAAUUCUAUUGGACGACACUGCGAACUUCACUGGAGAGAAGACGGCGUUUCCCAAUGUGAACUCUGCAAGGGGAUUCAACGUGAUUGACACCAUCAAGUCAAAAGUGGAAAAAUUAUGCCCCGGCGUCGUCUCAUGCGCCGACAUCUUAGCUGUUGUUGCUAGGGACUCUGUCGUCGAAUUGGGUGGACGGAGUUGGCAAGUUCAACUAGGAAGAAGAGAUUCGACCACUGCGAGCUUAAACGCUGCUAAUACCAACCUUCCAGCUCCAACUCUCAAUCUCAGUGCCCUUAUCACCUCUUUCUCUAACAAGGGCUUCACUGCUAAAGAAAUGGUGGCACUCUCAGGAUCUCACACAAUAGGCCAGGCUAGGUGUGUGACGUUCCGGAACCGACUCUACAAUGAGAAUGACAUAAGCUCGUCGUUCGCCACAUCUUUAAAGGCCCAGUGCCCCAGCUCGGGAGGUGACAACAAACUCUCUCCUCUCGACAUCACGAGCCCGACAUCCUUCGACAGUGCCUACUUCAGCAACUUGGUGAGCCAAAAGGGCUUGCUUCAUUCGGACCAACAGUUGUUCAGUGGGGGCUCGACGAACGCUCAAGUGACUACCUACAGCAAGAACUUGGAUUUGUUCAAGAAUGAUUUUGCCAAGGCCAUGGUGAAGAUGGGAGGCCUUAGCCCUCUCACCGGGUCUGCUGGUCAGAUCAGGACGAAUUGUAAAAGAGUCAAUUGAUUUUAAUCUUGGUGAUUUUUUUUUUCUUUUCAUGAUGUAAUAACUUGGUGCUCUUGGGCGCUAUGUAACUUUGUUUCUUGUCAAUUUCACUAAGCGUGAUGAUAUUGACAAUGUUAUAAGAUAUGGUUAUAUUUUUUAUCA